AUGGAGUCAAAAUCGACCUCUGGUGGUCCUCAGCGUCGUCCAUUGGCGAGAUCUUACAGAAGCCAUCCAUACACUACAGGGUUUUGUAGGAGGAUCUUGGGGAAGGAGGAAGUGAAACAGGAGGUUAUGCGACUAGGAGUCUCACUCUCACUCUAUGUAGCUGAAUCAAUGUUCUUGUUGUGCGAUGACAUUGGUACUAUGUUGUCCUUCUGCUAUAAGCUAUGGAAAUAUACGUUACCUCCUUCUGAGCCAGUCUCAGAGAGGCUGCUUCGUGUGAUUCACUACGUCUACUCUAACGAUAUCAAACCGAAGAACAUAGUUUGUCGUGAGGAUGGUGGCGGCAUGUCGGUCCAAUGGGAGUUGAUCAGGACCACUUGGAAGGAUUUUGCAGAGGGAAUCAUAAUUUUGCACCGCCUUGAUAAAGUUGUCAGAGAAAGAUAUUGGACUUUUGAUGAACGGCUAUUAUCCUCAGCUAUUGUGAAAUACAAGCAAGAAGUGCUCAAGAAGCUAGAGGAGAAGUUGACUUCCACAAAAGAUGUUUCAGAGGCGAAUGGUUUUGUGAGGGAGACAAUAAAGUCAAACAUUUCUUACCUCUGGAUGUCUCUCUUUGAUGAAGAAGCUGAAGCAACAACAGAAGAGAUGAGGAAUAAGAUUGUUAGCGACGUGUUUCAGCCUGUUUUGGACAAAUCUUGGCGUAGCGAGAUUCCGACACCACCCGUAUAUUAUCCUUACAUUCUAGGGAAUGGUUAUGAAGCGGAGGAGAUGAAAGAGAAGGUUAUGGGACUAGGAGUUGAGCUCUCGCUAUGUAUGGUUGAAUCAAUGUUCUUGCUGUGUGAUGACACUCGCAGCAUGUUACGGUUUUGCUUGAAGUUAUAUAGAGAUGUAAUAAAGGACAUGAAAACUGGUCUCGUGGUGGAAAAGAUGCUUCGUGCUAUGCAUUAUGUCUACAGAAUACAUAUCAAACCGAAGAAGAAUGGAGGAGUAGUAGAUGAGAUCGGUGGCAAAUCUGUCCAAGUACGGGAAUUGAUCAUGACGACUUGGGAGAGUUUUGCUUCUGGAUUCAGAGAUCUGCACAAGCUUCAUACGGUUCUCCUAAUACCCGGGCGUUGGAACUGCAGCCGAGAGGACGCGACUCUUGUUGAAGUAGAGCUGAAGAAGGUAGAGGAGAAGUUGAGUUGUGGUAAAGAUGUUUCCAAGGCGAAUGGGUUUGCGAGGGAAGCCAUGGAGUCUAUCAUUGGGGACUUGUGGAAGUCUCUCUUUGACGAAGAAACCGAGGUAGUGUGGACUCGUGAAGUGAUGAGGGUUGAGAUGCUCUCUGACCUGUAUCGGCCUCUUUUGAAAGGAGAAAAAGAUGCAAAACAAGACUAG